GCAGCCGCGCGCCCCAAGCGCCGUGCCCGGCCGGGAGCCGCCUGUUGAUCACCGCUCUCGCCCUGGCCACGGCGCCGCCCUGCUCGCCGGCCCCGCUACCUUGGGGCAGGCAGACUGACGGCCCACACUCCGGCUCCGUGAUGGGCGCACAGACAGUGGUAUUCUGAAGUCUCAGGAAGCUGCCACAGUUAAAUGUUCAUGGCCCGUGAAAAAGGCACAUGAGAAACCAUGGCACUCCCUUUUCAAAAAGAGCUGGAGAAAUACAAGAACAUUGAUGAAGAUGAGCUUCUUGGCAAACUCUCAGAAGAGGAACUGAAACAGUUGGAAAAUGUUCUUGAUGACCUAGAUCCCGAGAGUGCACUGCUGCCAGCUGGAUUUCGACAGAAGGAUCAGACACAGAAAGCAGCCACCGGCCCAUUUGACCGUGAGCACCUCCUCAUGUACCUGGAGAAAGAGGCUUUAGAGCAGAAAGACAGGGAAGACUUUGUGCCCUUCACUGGAGAAAAGAAAGGGAGAGUCUUUAUCCCCAAAGAAAAGCCUGUAGAAACUCGUAAAGAAGAAAAAGUGACCCUGGACCCAGAAUUGGAAGAAGCUUUGGCCAGCGCCUCGGACACCGAACUCUAUGACCUUGCAGCUGUUCUUGGAGUACACAAUCUACUCAACAAUCCCAAGUUUGAUGAAGAAACAACUGGCACAAAAGGAGGCAAAGGGCCUGUGAGAAAUGUAGUCAAAGGUGAAAAGGUGAAGCCAGUAUUUGAGGAACCACCCAAUCCCACAAAUGUGGAAGUAAGUCUACAGCAGAUGAAAGCUAAUGAUCCCAGCCUGCAAGAGGUCAACCUCAACAACAUUAAGAACAUUCCAAUUCCAACCCUGAAGGAAUUUGCAAAGGCUCUAGAGACCAAUACUCACGUGAAGAAGUUCAGCCUGGCGGCAACCCGAAGCAAUGACCCUGUGGCAAUUGCUUUUGCAGAUAUGCUAAAAGUAAACAAGACCUUGAAAAGUCUAAACAUAGAAUCUAAUUUUAUCACCGGUGCUGGGAUCCUGGCCCUUGUAGAGGCGUUAAAAGAAAAUGACACAUUGACAGAGAUCAAGAUCGACAACCAGAGACAGCAGUUGGGAACAGCUGUAGAGAUGGAAAUUGCCCAGAUGCUCGAGGAGAAUUCAAGGAUCCUCAAGUUUGGAUAUCAGUUUACCAAGCAAGGGCCACGAACAAGAGUGGCAGCUGCCAUCACAAAGAAUAAUGACCUGGUUCGUAAAAAGCGAGUUGAAGGAGACCGAAGGUAAAUUUCCACAAGAAGAGGCAAAGUUUCACCACAGCGGCAUUUUAAAAACAAAAAUUCUUCUCCAUUGGGACCAUUUUAUCAAAGGUUGUUCAUUUCCGUUAACCACACAACUCAUAAUUUAAUCUUUAUUCUUUUUUAGUACUACUUAUUUGUCUUGGAUUUUUUUAACACAUACAAUUGUUUUGUUUGCUCAUGGGCACUUCUGGCAACUUGAACCAAUGGACUUCAGCAGAUCUUAGUGGGUGACAACGAUCGAAAAUGAUUUAACCACUUUCAUAUUGGGUUGUCUUGCUUUUUUUUCCUUUUAACCACUGAAAGGAACUUAGUAUAUACAUGUGUUUGUAACUGUGGUUAUGAUAAAGGCCUAUCUCUGUUUACAUGCACAGCUUUGAGUUAGGCUAAAUACAUCAGAAGUGUUCAGGUGACCAUAUAAGAAGUUAGUAUUUCCAGUCUUUCAUUAGGUGAGAAAAUGUGACCAGCUUAACACAGAUUCUCCCUUUGUUCCAGAAAAAUCACUUCCUGUACACAUGCCCCCCUCCCCCCCAUGAAGAUCCGUGGUGUCAUCUUCAUAAAAAAUAAGACAGCAUUAUGAUACAUUAACACAGCUUUAGCAAAUAAGUGUGAAAUAUUUAUUAGCCCACAAAUAUAGCUUCAAGCCAGACUCUCAGCUAGCAAAAUAAAUUAGCAUACUUACCUGUACUGAUUAUUCCACAUAAAUUCAAUCUUUAACAUUAUGGAUAACUCUUUACCUAGCCAUUUUAAAGUUUUUCAGACAUGAUGGGAAAAUUUUAAAUUUUAGGAAAAGGAAAGCUUUUAAAAUUGUACAUUCCUAAAUAAAGCAAUAGUAAUUGCAGCUUAAGUUUGUCUCUUACACACAAUUGCAUUAUUUUAGUAAGUUUUAGAAGCAUUUAUUGCUUUGUCUUUAGGGCAGCAAGAUCACAGGAUGAAAUGCGACCAUUCAAGUUAAUUAUACAGAUUUGUCCAUGGCAUUCAUGAUCCAGCCAGAUAUUUGCAAACAUCAGGAAAAAAUGUGAAGUAUCAUUUAUCCAGAUGUUUGUCCUCUCAAGGGCAAAGCUUGCGAAAGUACAACUGAGAUGAUUGUGCAGUAGAUGUAUUCAUCUUUUCAUCCAGCAGUGCAGCGGUUGUGAUAUUAAGCUAAGGAAACAUGUGACUGCAGCCUCUGACACAGCUAACAGGCCCUUGCAAACUGUCAGAACCUGAGGCUAGAAUUGGUAGCACUCUGACACUGCUUUAGGCAUCUUUCUUUCUCUCUCUUCCUCCUCCUUUCCUUUCUACUCAUUCUCUUUUUUUCUUCUUUUCUUCAUAAUUCUGAGUGUGUAAAGGUGACAUCCCUUGUUCUGAGGACGUCAGGAAUGAAAAAGUUGCUGACUCAGGCAGAAGGUGGGCCCAGUCCAGAAUUUACUAAGUAAUUGAAUAUCCCUGAGCUGCUUGAUAGCAGUAAAACAAGUAAAUGGGAAAACAAUUCAUGUAGUAUUCUAGUUAGUUUGUAAAGUGCAUGGAAACUGUUUAGCAUAAAAGCCCAAUUUUAUAAUUGGACAUUUAUCUGUAAUAUAAGUGCCCACAUGUUUGUCUCUAAAAUUCUUUGAAACAUGAGACUAGUUUAUAUUUUUUGAGGGAAUAAUGAACCAAGCAUAUUGAAUUUUGGAAACCCUAAAAAUCCUUUGAUUAGUUUUCUGCUAUAUUUCCUUAUCUAUAUAUCUAAAAAGAGAAAAAGAAGUAAUAGCAACUACUACUUGAUAGUUUUCAGUCUGAUUUUUUUCUUUCCCUCUUACUCAUGUAGGUGUGGUAUGUUGGAGCCAACUCAUGCAGGCUCACCCAUUAUUAUCAAGAAUCUUGCAACCUGGUUGUUAAACACAGCCAUUAUUAAAAAUUAAAUUACAUGCACUUAACGAUUAAACAAAUUAUAUUAAAAACAAAAGUAAUUCUCAAAAACAUAUUUUAUUGUUUUUCUACUUGAGAUUAUUUGCACCUACUGUGUAUAUAUGGCAGAAGUACUAUAUAAUGCUGUGCUGUUGUACAUUUCUUCCCAACUCAGAAGUUUUGUACUUCUUGUUUGUAGUUUGAAAUUGACAAUGGUGGGAGUGUUUAUACCAUGGAAGUUAGCAAAUAUUACAAAUCAGGGGUUUCCCCCCAUGCCCUCACACCCACCCCUAGCUUUCUGGUUAAUAUUCAUCAGAUAUCCCUUAGUAAAAUGUAUACAGUUUUGUUUUGUUUGGGUUACUGUGUUGCCAAAGGAAAGAACUUCUCUUAGUUGUCUUUACCCUAUCCCUUUAGAUUUGUAGCAGAUAUAGUUAAGUGCUGAGUCCCUGACAUGCCCCUCUAAGUAAGGCUUUUUCAUUUGUUUUCUCAUUUACUCUCUUUCUUACCUUCACCCCUAAGAAAUGUUGGCUUUUAUAGAGUGCUCCCUGCAGCCCCAAGGGCCUCUGGACUGGGGCUAAAGCAAUUCUUGGCAAACCCUGGCAGAAAGCAAGAAAAAAAAAAGAAUUUCAUAGUGAUGGUGCUGCAGUUGUUGAGAGUAUUAAAGCAACAUAACAGCAUAUAGUCAAAACUUAGCUCUGUUUUUAGUUUAUAAAAUAGUUGGGUCACGUGUAAAUAGGGUCUAUUAAAUCAAAUAUUUAUUAUUAAUCAGUUUAUCUUAUUACCUAUGUUUUUGAAGUAGCUUGAAAGGUGACAUUUCCUUGAGUAUUCAUAUAACUAUUUAGAAGAGAAACAUAUUUUAGGGAUCCUAUAAAUCAUUUAAUUAGCCUAGGAUUUCCUGUCCCCCAUCUGCCCCACGUGUGUAAGUAGAAGCUCUUCUGUGAUCCUGAGCAUGAUCAAUCCCUUGCCAUCCAUCAUGAUGGGCAUGAUGUAUAUAAAUUAUAUGAAUGCAUUUUGCCAAAUAUUAGGAGAUAUUUGGCAACAUCUGGACAAUUGAUGGAAAGGAGAUCAUCUCUCCCCUCCCCAGACCACCUCCUUUCUCCUUGUGGACUUGUACAGGCCCAUGCAAAGCAUAACAUUACUCACCAGGACCUGCAGGCUCCUGUCACCACCACCCAUCAUAGCAUUUGUGGAAGUCUAGAGAGAUCAUAUAAUUAACCCAGUACUACAUCUCCCCAUCUGCCUGGAAUCUCUUUUAUCCUCAUCGGCAUGGUUAAAGCCCUUCCUUUCAUCCUAGUAGGGCAUAAUGUAAAUAAAUGUCAUGUGGUGUGUGUGUCUUGCCAAAUAUCUAACUGGGUGUUUGGCUGCAUCUGGACCACUGAUUGAAGGGAGAUACUCUCUCCCCAGCCCCAUUUCCCUUGUCCUUUUUAGAACAGCUUCAGGCCCAGGUUAAUGUGAAGUUACUCCCUAGAGUUCACCGCUUAGGUCACCAACCGCCAAAGUUCACAGCCGACACAGAAGAUAACUCUUAGGGAAUAAAUAUUAGAAACCUGAAAACCAUUUCGUUGUUCCAGCACCAAAUCUCUCCAUAGGCCUAGAGAGGAUGAGUGAAAGUGCUUUCAUCUUCAUCUACGUUAUCAAGCUCUGCCUGCCGCCUUUGUAGGAUAUAUUGUAUAUAAAUAUUUUGUACAUAAAGACCACCAAAUAUUGCAAGGAAGUAUUGUGCUAAAGCUGGACUCCUGAUUAAAGGGAGAUGCUAUCUCCCAGUCCCGCUCCCCUCCCUCCUCACAGAGUUGCUGCAGGCCCUGUAGGGCCUCAAGCAGCUCACCCAUCUUAUAGCGCGCACAGUUCAUCGUACAGUAAAAGCCCAUCUCCAUUUAAAAACCUCAGAAAGCAUCCCAGUGCCUAUACUCCUCAAAACAAUUUCCCUAGGGGAAGCCUGGUACAUCAAACCAAAAGAAUAGCUGCUUCUCUUCCAGAGAGAAUUGUGGCCCCUGGCAGGGCACCAGCAUUAGGGAAACCAGUGUGUUCUGAAUAACUACCAUGGGAAUGUUUCAGACAGUCAAGCUGGAAACCAGUUUAAGCAUCAACACACUUUAAAUGUAAGACAGCCCUUUAAAAUUUUCAAGAGUUUGUGGAUAUUUUCUUUUUUCGUGGAUGCAAUGUACUUAACCCUCUUCUUUGGCACUAUGAAAGAGAGGAAGUAUAAUAACUCUAGAUUAAUAUAACUUGAUCUGUGUUUCUAGGUUUGGAGGGAGAGUGCCUUUUUGAAAAGUGGUUACCAUCUUUAGCUCAAGUAUUAUUGCAUAAGCAAAAAUGGGCAGGGGGCAGUAAGUGAAUACUGGGUUCUGUGUUAUGUUACCUGUACUCCCUGGAACUGUUUCUGGAGUUGGGUUUUAAGUCACGAUUCUGAAACUUCCUUCCUCUCUUCCACUAAUGAAGCAUGUUAAUGAACAGAAAGAUUUUAGCUCUGCCUUCCUGUCGCAGUUUCCCUUUAAUUACUCCUCUUUAAAUAUCCUCACCCCACCCCCACUUUGCCGUCCUCAGUCUAGGAUUGAGACACAUGCAAAGGAAAGGAGUGAAAAUGCUUAGAAGUGUCAAGUGAGCCCUCUGGAUGAAAAUCCCAUGGCCAGAUCUCCUAGUAACAAGCUGGAGAGAGAAAGGUAUCCAGAACCUUAUGGAUGUAUUCAUUGUUCCUGCUUCCAACUCUAAGUCAGAUUGAAUUUCAUUUUGAGGUUCAGGAGUUAAAUAGAGUGGGGCAGGGAGUUUAAGUCUGGUGAGGAAGGAAGACGGAAAUUAAGGUUUUAAUUUGCUUAAGAGCAUAAAUGAGCUCUGCUCAGCUUACCUCUUUCCCAUCUGCCCAAACUGCUAUGAGUAAACAUUCAGUAAAUGGAUGGAGGAGGAGUUUCAAAGUUUACAUUUGUAACCUGCUUCUGGGUACUGUUCUGGGAAGGUUGUGUGUAUACUAGAGGUUAUCUCAUUUUUUUUGAUGCAUCAUUGACUUGGGGGAGGGUGAAGAAGUCUAGGCUUUUCUCUGGCAUCUUCUAUGGUAGUCAUUCUGAGCACAUUGGCUCUGCUAGUUGGCAUGGUAGAAGGGCACCAUGUUGACAGAUUCAGAGACUGACUCCUAAUCCCAUCACCAACACUUAGCAGGUAUAUGAUCAUGGGCAAUUCAUUCAAUUGCCUGACAAUUAUAGACUAUAUAGGGGGAAGAGCACUGGAUUUGGAGUCAAGAAACUUGGACACUUGGCUCCAUACUUUUUUAGCUGGGAGACUUUGGUGCAAGCCACUAAUCUCUCAAGCAUAUGGUUCUUCAGCUAUACUAUAAUGGGAAUAAUCUUCACUAACUACCUCACAGAGUUGUAGUGAGAAUAUAAUCAGAUAAUGGGAUGAAAACGCUCUACUGGAAAGGGCUAUAUAAAAGCGGGAGAUCAUUUUUAUUAUCUAUUCACUAAUGUUGUCCACUGCCUCUUGAAUCUGUUUUAUUUUCUUCUUACCAACACUUACAUCUUUCACAUCUUUUCAAGCAUGGGGGAAUUGAAGCAUGGGUAUGAUGUAGGGGACUGGGAUUAUUUACUGUCAACAUAGAGGUGGGAGAAGUGGUCGGUGAGUGCAGUGGGUGUUAGAUAUACCAGUGAAGUAAGUACAUGGGCAUUUUCCUGGGUCACUUUGACAGUACUCUUGGACAUAGUCAGGACCCUUGCAGAGAGCUUAAGGCUGGACACAGGGGGAACAAACAGUGAUUAAGAAUUGAGGGGAGGGUCUGAAGCACAGCUGCCCUCCUGUCAGCUCUGUCACUGCUGGGCAUGGGGCAAGGUAGGCCAGUAUUUGAGGUGUGAUUGGAAGCCUUAAGGAGAAAGACUGUCCUUAGGGCUCCACAGCUGUGUGAGAGGCUUGAAUCCUGAUGGUGAAAGGGAGAAAAUGUCAAUUGUGAGAUCACCUCUCUUGGGCAUCAGCUGCUUUGUUAUCACCAGCAACUUUAGCCCUGGUCAGUAUUAUUUUUCUGCUCAGAAAGAUGUUGAAACAUAGCUUCAAGGGACUUUCGUAAGCACUGGGCAAUAGAGACUAUCUCAUCAAUCUUUGUGUCUUCAAUAGCACCUAGUAAGGUGCCUUUUGUAUAAUAGGUGCUUAAUUCAAUGUCACUUGAAUUGAAUUGUCCUCCAGCCUCAUGAGAAUUAUGCUCCAUUUGCCACCAUAUGAUCUGUUUGGAAAACAGUACUGAUUUGGAUGUCAGCUAUGUGUGACUUUGGCAAGUCUUUCCAUCUAUCUUGUCUUCAUUUCAUCUGUAAAAUGAAGUGAGUGAAUGAGAUGCUCUCUAAGGUCCUUUCCAGCUCCCAAAUGUUACAAUCCUGUGAUUCUGAGUGUUUCCAUUGCCUCUGAACAUGGGUGAGUGAUGCUCCCUUGCAGCUCUGUCUCUCCUCCGUAAGCUUUGUUCAGAGAAAUAGGUCUGGACAUUCCACGGAGUUAUCUGUUCCUCUUCAGCAGUUUUUAUUGUCUUCAGAAUAGUUCUGGAGGAGCAGUCUUUUUGAAAAGGACAUUUUAAAAUACAUAAUAUUUUCACCUCAAAAUUGGUGAAGGAGAGGAGGAAAUGCAAAGAAAGAAACUGAGCACAGUAAACAUGGCAUAGGUUUUUAUUUAAAGAGUGUGUGUAUGUGAGUGUGUGUGUGUGUGUCUGAACACAUAUUAACUGGAUAACAGAGAGAAGCCAAUCGAAGUACACUGUGCAACUGAGAAAAAUUGUCCCAGGAUUAAAAUUUUCCCAAGAAUAAUCUAAAUAUGGAUAAGUAGGAAUUGGCCAUAUGGUGAAAUGAGAUGGAUAGAAAGUAUACUUUUGGAGGAAAUUUUAUUUUGAUACCAAAUUUUGCCAGUGACAAUCUUUAGUUAAGAAAGAAAUUAUUCUGAACUAAAAUUCUCAUCUAUGCCACUUUUUUUUAAACCCACUGUAUUCAUGGAAUAAUAUUUAUAUUUGAAUUAAAACUAUCUUAAUUCUGUUUCAUCCAUUUAAAGAAAACAAUAAGCAGCAUUUUUCAUUGCAUUAAAAAAUGUAAAAUACUUGCAUGCCACUAAUGUGUAAUAUCUUACCAGUUCAAAUGCCUGUAAUGUGUGACCUUAUGUGUAUCUGUAUUGUUUUGAAGAGAACAAAGAAAAUAAUACUUUGUAAACUGUUUUACCUUAUAUUGGCAACAUUUAUUUAGCUCAGCAGUUAUGGAAAAAUUUACAUAGUUUCAUUUCUCAUUUUGAAACUUUUUAAUCAAAGGUAAACAUUGAUUAUACUCAUUAGGGAGUUAAGACUAAUUUGCCUUUUAAAUGUGAAAUUUAACAUUAUGUGGGAAAUAAAUGUGUGAAAAAAGCAAAA